AUGACGCAACCGGCGGCGCGGUGCCUGGGAGACGGGGGAGGGCUUCCGGGGCCGCGGGUCGGACCGCGGAGAGCUGCUGUCAUGGCGGCCACCCGGUGGGUCUUGCUCUGCGCCCUGCUGCUGCUGCAGCUGGCGGGGAGAGCCCGCGGCUCGGAGGCGCCCGGCGCUGCCGCCGAGGGGCCGGCAGGGGCUGGCGCCGGCCUAGGAGAUCGCUUCAAGAUCGAGGGGCGCGCGGUGGUCCCCGGAGUGAAGCCUCAGGACUGGAUCUCGGCGGCCCGAGUGCUGGUGGACGGAGAGGAGCACGUCGGCUUCCUGAAGACAGAUGGGAGUUUUGUGGUUCAUGAUAUACCCUCUGGAUCUUAUGUAGUGGAAGUUAUAUCUCCUGCUUACAGGUUUGAUCCCAUUCGAGUGGAUAUUACUUCAAAAGGAAAAAUGAGAGCAAGAUAUGUGAAUUAUAUUAAAACAUCAGAAGUGGUCAGACUGCCCUAUCCGCUUCAAAUGAAAUCUUCAGGCCCACCUUCUUACUUUAUUAAAAGGGAAUCAUGGGGCUGGACAGACUUUCUGAUGAACCCAAUGGUUAUGAUGAUGGUUCUUCCAUUGUUGAUAUUUGUACUUCUGCCUAAAGUGGUCAACACAAGUGAUCCUGACAUGAGACGGGAGAUGGAGCAGUCGAUGAAUAUGCUGAAUUCCAAUCAUGAACUGCCUGAUGUUUCUGAGUUCAUGACAAGACUCUUCUCUUCAAAAUCAUCUGGCAAGUCUAGCAGCAGCAGCAGUAAAACAGGCAAAAGUGGGGCUGGUAAAAGGAGGUAG